CAGAAGCGACAUCUAGUUGCAUCGAGUAUAAAGCGAAAGUGUACUAUAGAAAAUGUCAUGUUAUUUUCUGAAUAGGUGAUCAAACCUCGAUCACGUUUUAAAUUUUUAUUCUCCGAAUCAGAUUUGAUUAUUCUCUAACCUCUUUACUUGAGCUGACCAAUACAUCUGCGCACGUGUAGCAGAAAUGCCAACCUUACACUAUAGGGGAAUUCGCGUAGCGCGCGCAUUUAAAUCGAAUCGAUAGGUUAUCAGUGCUGUAGAUGUAAACAUCAACAUGCCUAAGAAAUUUGUCGGAGAAAAUAGCAAAGCUAUUGCUGCUAGAGCAAGGAAGGCAGCGGUGAAAGAAGCUGAAACUACGAGAAAAGCUUUGGAAGCAGAGGAAAAGGCAUGGCAAGAUGAUGAUAAACAAUUGCUAAAGAAAAAACAAAGACAGAAAGAACAAGAGAAAAAACGCCAGCAACAGUUAGAAAAGAAGGCAGAGGCGAAAGCUUUACUCGAGAAGGAAAUGGCAAAUAUAAAAGUAGGUGGCAAACAACCUGCCGCGAAAAUUACCAGAGCUGAAAUUGUAGUUGCAACAGAAAAACGAAGCCAGGCAGCAAUGAAAAAGAAAGAGGAGGAGAAACCAAUCGAAGAAAACUUAAAUAGAUUGACAAUUGAAGAGGAAACUGCACAUGGUAUAGAUGAAGCCUUAACUAUUUUAAGUACAAAGGAUUCAGAAAUUGAUCGUCAUCCAGAGAAACGCGUAAAAGCGGCGUACGCCAGUUUUGAAGAAAAGAUGAUGCCUAUUAUUAAAGAACAAAAUCCAACGUUAAGGUUAAGUCAAUUAAAACAAAUACUAAAGAAGGAAUGGAUGAAGUCCCCGGAAAAUCCACUUAAUCAAAAAUUAAUGUUGAAUCGCUGAUAAUACUCAAUUGUGACAACACAAACGUACAUAACGACUGAAUAGAUGGUUAACAGGAAUACAUGGAAUAAGACUUAUAAAUAUAAUCAUGAAUAAAUCAAAUGUGUCUGUACACAAUUUUAUUGUAAACGAAUAAGUUAUACUCCAGUAGAAUAGAGAAAAUCACAUUGUAUAAAUCAUCUUUGGUAUAACUUAUACGCUACCACAUAGCCUCUAGAUCGUAUUUUACAACUUCAUUUACAAACCAACCGUCGUUAAGGCCGCGUAAUGUUGAACAGUCGAUAUAACAACCGUGUACACGUUUUGGCACAGUUAUCAUGUGAACUAAUGAAAUAUGUUUCAAAAUGUCAAUAAUCGCCUGCAGCUAUUUCUCCGUCUCUCGCAACGUUAUAGAAAAAGUUUCGUAAAAAAUAGUUAUAAAAAGAUUGGUUACAGCAUUACAAUCGUAUAAAGUAGUAUCUAUACAAACGAAUUUUCACCAAUAUAAAACUAGAUUAUAUACAGUAGGUUCUAAUCUUUGUCUCGAUGCAUUAAAUUUGCCGAAGCAAUUUAAACAUAAGGCACCAUAUUUUUUUCGUUAAAAUGUACAAUGAGUCGAAUACCCGUACAGUGAACUUGAAUCAAAUAUAAUCUUAUUAUGUAAUAACAUGUUUUAUAAAAAAUGUCACGAACCUAACUAUAUUACCGCUACCAUUUUUUAUUUUUCCAUAAAUCUAUAAAACAAUGUAUCAUAUGAUUCAAUUGGUCCGGGCAGUCAGUCAUAGGCGUAUGGCCGGCUGAUGGUAUCGCCUCCAGAAAAGCUUUCAGCAUGGUCUGAAAAAUUUUAAAAGAAAACUACAAUUAGCAUAUUCUAUCGAGAAUCGCAGCGUGAAACAUGUAAAUGAAAUCACAUCUUUGUCAUUUACGAUCAUGAAAAUAAUUCUCCAAAUAAAAUUGAUUUUUCUCAA